ACAUUUAUGUCAAAAUAAUGUAUUGGGAUAGGGACAAUGCGACAUGUAAAAAAGGGACUCAGUUUUUAAAAGUCUCACUUAGUACAACUCUUUAUAGUUUAUUCUUUUGACCACGUCUACAACCAUUUUCUCUGUCAAUUUAAUGAUAAAAUAAUAUUAAUAAAAAGAAAAAAAAUUCUCUCGAUUCACGAGUAUAGCUUUGGCGAUCACAUUGCUCGAUCAGCUUCUCUCUCUGUUGAAUUUUGCAGAAAGAAAUGGCGAAUUUACAUAGUAACUUUAACCAGAAUAUCGAUUACGUAUUCAAGAUUGUGUUGAUUGGAGACUCCGCAGUGGGCAAGUCCCAACUUUUGGCUCGUUUUGCUCGAAAUGAGUUCAGUCUGGAUUCAAAAGCAACUAUUGGUGUUGAGUUUCAGACACGUACGCUUAUGAUCGAUCACAAGAACAUCAAGGCCCAAAUAUGGGAUACAGCAGGGCAAGAGAGAUACCGAGCAGUGACAAGUGCAUACUAUAGAGGCGCAGUUGGAGCAAUGCUGGUCUAUGACAUAACCAAGCGGCAAACAUUUGAUCAUGUGGCUCGAUGGCUAGAGGAAUUGCGGGGACACGCAGACAAAAAUAUUGUCAUUAUGCUAGUAGGAAACAAGUCCGACCUUGGGACACUUCGGGCAGUACCCACUGAGGAUGCAAAAGAGUUCGCCCAAAGGGAGAGCCUGUUCUUUAUGGAGACAUCAGCACUUGAGUCUAUAAAUGUUGAACCUGCAUUUCUUACAGUCUUGACAGAAAUUUAUAGGGUCGUUAGCAAAAAGGCCUUAUUAGCUAAUGAUGACCAGGAGUCUGCAGGUAGUUCAUCUCUUCUCAAGGGUACAAAGCUUGUUGUUCCUGGACAAGAACCAAUACCUGUUGGGGGUUAUAGCUGUUGCAAGUAUUCAUAGAAUAAUAUUCUUUUCCUACUGUCACUUGGAUUUUUAAUGUUUAUAGUUCUGGUAAGUGCCUUCGGUCAUUCAGAAAAUUAUCAUUUAUUUGAAUUGUGGGUUUUGAUUUCGCUGUUUGACAAUGGUUGAAACUUUCAUGUUCGAGAAACCCACGUUUAUAUAAAUAUAUAUAUAUAUUAAAAUAAUAAUACAGAAGUAUAUGACAUGUUUACUUA